GUUCGCGCAGGUCCACGCGUGGGGGUCCUGGAGGGAAUUCCCAAAUCAUUCCCAAACCCUGUCCAAACCUUCCCCGCAGCGCUCAGUGGAGCCCCGGUACCCCUGGGGCCACGGGGGGAUCCCCACCGCGGGGGUGGGGACUAAAUUUGGAGUGGAGGAGGUCCCCAAAGUUGUCCGUGGAUGUGGGAGGUGCUUCCCACUCUCCUCGCCCCACAGGUUCCCCCACCUGCCGGCAUCCACGGGAUCCCCUCCAUUCCCAUCAUGCUGUUCCAGAGCUCCUGGGCUGUGCUGCUCCUCUGCACUACUGCUGGGUUUUUGGGGUGGCUGGGCCUUGCUGCCCCCCCAAAGAAGGAGGAGCUCUGGGAGACCUGGAUGAGGUCGGCACUGGAUGAGACCCCCGUGGCCCAGCUCAUGCAGGACAUCGCCCGCUGGAUGGGGAAUGUGAGCAGCUGUAGGGCUGCAGAGCUCCAGGGAGGACAACUAUCCAACCUCCAUCAGGAGCAGGAAAGACCUCAGGAUAUUCAUCCCCAGCCAGAGAGCAUCCUGGUCCUUCAGGAGGUGAUGGAGAAGCUGCAGAGAGUCAACCAGAGCUUGGAGCUGAUGCUGAUGGCCUUGGAAGAUGCACAAAGCCGGCUGGAAAAGCACCUGGAGCACCUCAAAGCCGUCCCUGACCUGGAUGGUGAGUGGGAAUGGGGGCUGGAGGAUCAAUGGGAGCUGGUGGGUACCAACACCAGGCUCUUCUUCCCCAUCCCACAGGUCAGAGCCAAAGUGUCACCUCCUCCUGCAUCCCACACAGCUCAUACUUGGUGCUCCUGGUUCUCCCACUGGUGCCGGUGUCAUUCCGGGCCAUCCUUCUCCUCCUCUUCCUCGCUUCCAGCACCCUCGGUAUUCCAGCAAUCUCCACUCUCCUGGUCCUUGCUGCGGCAGGUGGGGACAAGUGUGGGGACAGUGGCUGGAGACACACCACCCUGGGGGGGGAGGGUCUGUCCUCCCCCACCCUCUCAUUCUCCCACAGGGCAUUGGCUGCUGGCAUCCGCCUGCCGUGGUGCCAGAAGGAUCCGGCCAGUGGUUUCCCGGGAAAAGGCUCGGUACCGGCUCACCUCCACCCCAGAGAGGGAAUGCGAUAUGGAGCUGCUGCAAGAGGAGUUGGACAGGAUGGAGAUGAGCUGCCUGCAAAAUGAGAGGUGCCCACAAGAGCCUUCACCCCUGGAGCAGUCCCAAGAGGUGGCCGGGGACAUUCCCCAAGUCACAGGGCAGGUGUCACCUGACUCCGAUCGCCAGAGGACAACACCGAGCUCGUGUGGGGUAAGGUGCUGGGUGGGAUGUCCUCAUGUUGGUGUUGUCCCCCAAAACCUGCUCCUGGGGGCCACCUGGGUCUCACUGAGGGUCAGGUCUUUCAGGGUUGGGGUGUCCUCACCAUGGUGGCACCUCUGGGUAUGCGGCAACCCCUUCGGAGACAGAGAGGGCUGGGGACAUGACAUACAGGGAGGAAUUUGGGGUGGAAAAGGGUGUCCUGAAGGAUGGCCAAGGCACCCCAGGGGACAAGGGACAUCUGCAGGAACCCCCUUCUUCCCAAACCAGGUGACAACGGAGCUGGUCAUGUAUGCUGGGAAGCUCUGGGAGCCCAAACCCUGCAGCCCGAGGGCCAACAUGUGCCCGUGCCAGGGGCUCACCAGGGCUGGGCAGCGGUGCCGGAAGAAAGCAAUUCCUGGGCUGGAAUUCUGCCACAUUCACUCCACCAGCAGUAGCUCGGCCAUGGAUUCAUCCCCCCAUUUUUGACUUUCUACCCCCUCCCUGAGGGGUUUUAACCCUUUUUAUGGCUAUUCCAGAUCCUGGUGGAGAAUAUGGACCCCAAGGAUGCCACUGGAUGUGGGUACAGGGCAGAUGUUCAUUAUCCCACCAGUUUUAUGCUAUUUGCAUAUAUUUUAAUAAAUGCCACAAUUACA